GAGAAAUUAUAGGUACAGAAGGUGAAAAGUCAUUGCUUGCAUCCUUAGAAAAAAUUGUAACAAUGAUCACAAUAUGUAGGUCUUUCUCUUGGACACCAGAAGGCAAAAGAAAAAGAAGACCGCAAACCACUGGAGAAGAGCAGUGGAGAAGGAGAGCUAGGGCAGAAAACGGACUUAGACUGAGGUGAGGGUUGCGGCUGCAGACUGAGAUAGUUGGAGAUGUUCCGUGGAUGUCUUAUGUUCCACAAGGCAAAAAGAGGAUAGGUAACAGGAAACAUUAUCAUUACAUGUAUGUAUAUCAUCACUUAUCUUAUACAUCCUAUUUGUAAUUACUACAUAUUGUGAUGUUUCUUCCUACGGAUUAUGUAGAGAGUACCCGGGAUUUUACUGUCAGCCAUAAGUAACUAUUUACCAAUACUAAUGGAUGCAUGUAACACUUUGAAAAUUAUUGUACAUGAGUAUGCGCUUCUAUAAGUGCAUAGCAUUUAAAAAAUAUGUAAUAAAAAGGGGUCAAUGUGUGAAAGCAAACUUCACAAAUUUGGUCCAGUGUACCAUGCAACAACCGAAGGCAAAUGGGUUUCCUGAUAUUCAGUCAAUAAGUGGGUUUCCUGAUAUUAAAUUCAGUCAAUAACCUCUAAUUAAAUGCUCACUUUCCUUUACUUCAAUUUAAAACUAGUACUAACAGCUAGACUAAUACCCCCUGCAGGGUUUAUCCAUAUUGGGGCAUAUUUGAAAUAUAAACACACUAAAUUCCUUUGACCUUGAUAUUUUUCAGUAAUCAUAUGCACCAGUUUCUUAGAAAAUGUCUGAACAAAUUAAAUCAUCCACUGACAGACACAUUCAUUAUAUACCCUGAUCCUAAAUUUAUGUAGUAGUCUCUGGGAGAAAAUAUUUCAUUAUAAAAAUGAUAAUUGAAGUCCUUAAAGUUGAAUAAACACAAGUAAAAUUAUGAAAAAUUGUCAAAUCAUGUAAAGUAUACCCAUUUUCAGAAAGAUCCAGAACAUGUCUAGACAAAAUCAUGUCUACAGACAGACAAACAUGCUGAUUCCAAUAUCCCCCUCUAAACUUUGUUUGCAGGAGAUAUAUAUAUAUAAAAAAAAAAGCAUUGUGAAUGAGUAUAUCAUAUAGUAAUAUACUAAUACAUUGUCCCCUACCAGCCCAAAACCAUAAUGUUAAAUCAUACAAAGCAAAAGUGGAAAUUACUAUGUGUCUACUCAUUAGAUAACCAUGCAAUAUAUCAAAUUCAGUCUCCUAAGUUGUCAUAAUUGAGAAAAAUCUGAAACUUAUGAUAUUUGGCACAUUUAAGUUCCAUAAAUAUCGUAAAAAUCAGUCUUCUGUGAUGACCAAAAGUUAAACUUGAAAGAUGUCACUCUUGCUACAAACAAAUUUUUCUACCUCCUUUUGAAGAUCAAGUUACAAUUUUUACAUUAUUUUCAGUUUUUGACAAUUUGAGUUGGGUUUUGUUUUUAAUCUUUUUUUUUUUUUUUUUUUUUUUUUUUUUUUUUUUACAGUUUUAGACACAAUUUUGGCAUAUUUGAAAGUUUUCUUACUGUAGAAAAUUUAUUGAUACUUAAUCUUAUUUACCGACAUGAUGAACCUAGAGCAAUAUUUUAAUCAAUGUAUGAAUUUAAAAGAGUUCAAGUGAUUACAGAUCAAAUGUCUCAAUGCAGGAAAGCUCUGAAAACAAAUACCCAGUAUAAACACUAAUAAUUUAAUCAACUUGACUUAAUUCAGUUUGUAAUGUUCCUGACUUUUACAUGUUUUGCAUAUCUAUUCACAUGUUGUAUUGAAAUAUUUGAAAACAGAGAAGUGUUGAUAUAUUUGUUGCAAGUGUUCUUAAUCUGUCAACAUAUACAUUAAUUUGUAAAUCACAAACCAAAUUUCAGUUUCCUGAAUCAAAGCAUGCUGAAAAAGUACAAAAAACAAAAAGUUAAUGAAGUUCAAUAAAAAUUGAAACUGUUGUUGGUUGGUUGUUUAUGUCCCUGUCAUGAAUUUUUCACUCAUGUUGAGAAGACGACAGCUGUAGGUGAUCAGUACCACAAAUUUAGACCUGUUCUUAGCUCUCAGGGCCAUAGCAGUGAGGGAUCUUUAACGUCCCAACAUCUGCCACAACACAGGACCUCCAUUGUUAAGGUCAAUUAUCCAAAAGAUCCAUGAAUCUCACUUCUAAAAGCCAAGAGUUUGGCGAAGGAGCAACCACUAAGUAUGUUUACGUCUUAGAUAUGACGUGGCCAUGGCACGAACCAUAAAACUGAGUCUUACAAUUUUUGUUAGAAUAAGUAACCAUUACAAUAGUGAAAAUUGAUCUGUAUUUACUGCAUUUAUCUUAUUUCAAACUUUUAAGUUGAUCGAAGCAUAUAGCAGAGAAAAUUCCAAAAAAAUAUAUUCGGCACCAAGUCCCAUAAAUCUCAUAACAGUCAAUCAACUGUUACAAAACUUUAAAUUUUUGAGUAUUUACAUACAUUAGUAAAUCAUAUACCAAAUUUCAGCUUCCUGAAAUCAAAGCAUGAUUUCAAAAAAGACGCGAAAACUAUUAGUUGUGACAGACCAACAGAGAGACAGACAGACAGAGUGCAGACUACAGUACAUGUAGAUUGCCCAUGAGUGAGUCAUCAUUUCAUUUUUUCACUUUGUAUUGAAAAAAGCUUAUUGCAAUAUGUUAUUUGUAGGUCAUUUUUAUGGAUAUAUAUACAUAAUAUCAUAAAACACAGAUUUGUUUGUUGUUUACUUAGUUUUAGAUUUUAACUUUAUUUGAAGACGUUGUAGUGAUAUCAUGCGUCAAAUGCAAAACUUGAAAUUUUACAGCACUAAUUUGCUAUUAAAUAAGAAAUUAAAUUAUCUUUAGGUUAGAAAUUUUGCCUCAUAAUCAUCAAAUUUACAAAUUAUUCUCAAUGAGCAAUUACAUCAUGAUUUGCUUUGCAUGAAUUUGAAUAAUCAAAAGAAAAAUAUGAAAAAUUAGACUAAACUGACCCUACGAUAAGUGUUAAUCAUAAGUAAAUUUUCAAGGAAAUAUAUUGUAAAAAAAACAUAAAUAAAAUGAUGACUCACUUAUGGCCAUAUACUCUUGCAUAUAUAGCCCUCUUUGGCUUCGCUGAUAGGGGACUAUAAAGUUUCAAACACAUUUGAUAUUUGAAUUCCAGGUCAUGACACUUUGAUAUACAGAAAAAUUAACAUUAUAAUAUGAUCAAGGAUAGCUGCAGGUCUUAUUAUGACUGUCAUUAUACUUCAACAUUCAAACUGGAAUGACAACAGACUAAUUAGAUGAAACUUACAGUCUUUCAUGUAGUCCAAAGAUGUUCUUUGCUUGUUUGGUUCCCCCAUGCUUUCAGACACAAACUGAUCAAUAGUUCAAAAUAACUUUAUAUGAAGGAUCAAUACCCCCACGUUAAGUACUGCACAUCAUACUACUGCUGUUUGCUUCAGAGAUAUGCUACUAUUAUUAAUAAGAAACAACUGGCAAAGUGAUGUAACACAGAGAGAUAACUUGUGUUUUGUAAGACUCUCAACAGCAGCUGCUGAAAUGCAUGUGGAGCGGGAACCUGCGAAAUGUAUUACCUCAGAUCCCUGGGAUUAUCGAGCUCUUCCUCCAUAGCAUCAGACAACUAGUCUGAUUGUUAGAUAUCUGAUUUUUUCGCAUUAUUCCUUGGUUUGAUCAAUGGAUAAUGCUGAUGUUUAUGAGCCAGUUAUUUGUAUGUACCUUACACAAUUUAAUGAGGAUUAUUUCAUUGGGUCACAUCGUUCACCUGAGCAGUUAAUUGCAUUUUCCUGUGUAAAAUUUUAAACACCCAACAUUCAUUUAAAGUAAUUCCACCCUCCUGUGAUGUCAUCAGAUUUUGCAAAAUCAAUGAUUUAUUUAAAUUUAUGCAUGAUUGGAACAUAAAUUUUGUUGGACUAUUUUCCGAUACUUAUUGUAAAAAAUCUUGUUAAAAAUAGACUAUUUCAAAAGUCUAAGUUAUAGAUGAAUAAUCAAUGAUAUGUUUCAAAAUAUUGAAUCCAAGGGCAAUAACUCUGUUUCUAUUGAUUUCUUUAUCAAGUCUAUUAUGCGGUAGAUUUCCUAUAUUUUUUAACAUACAUUUUGUAUAUUUUUGUGAAGAUAUAGUUUCAUGAAAUUGUUAUGAAUGCUACUAUAUCGUCAUAGCCAGUUUUUAAUGAAAUUUUGAUAACGCUGUUUAAGGAAAAUAGCAAUUUUCUGACGGUGAUAUAUGAUUCUGUUUAUGUACGUCUCUCAUCUUAAAAAGUGUGAUGACCUAUGUAUUUUAUUUCAUAAUUUGUUAGUUUUAACUCUAAUGAAUGGAAAUAAAUACACUUUUCAAACUUGUAUCAGAUAAAACUGCGAGUGUGGAGUCACCUUAACAUUGUAUACUAGCUGCUUGUGUCUUUUCGUUCUUGGAAAGAUUUUUUGCCUAUAAUUUUAUAUUCUUGUUCACAUGUUGUGGCCCAGUCUUGGUCCCAGGGGAUCAUAUUUUGAACAAUUUAUAGUAUAUUUAAAUAAACAAGAUGGGUGACUUUAUCGAGCCGAGAACCCACAGAGGGACAAAUAUCAAAGUGAAUCUUUUCAAAUUUUCUUCUAAUUUUCCUAAAUAUACUAUAGACCGUAUUUUUUCCUGCAUGGUACAAAUUUCUUCGAUGUCUGCACGGUCUUAAAAACUAUGGAAUUUAGUACUAAGUGGACAGAAGUUCAACAAUAAAUCCUAAUUUAUCUUACAUCUAUCUAUUGUGUUAAUUCACUGAAGUUCUAUAUAAAUCAUAGGCAUUGCAUUGCUAUAAUAAUUAUAAUUACUUGUACAUAGCCCAUCUCCAUAUCAUUAAUUUUUCAUGUAAAAGUGCACUCAUAUGGUUCUUGGAAAGAUUUUUUUAAAAUUUCAAGAUCUAUCUCUAUGUUAUACUUUGAACCCCUAUUGUCUCCACUCUGGUCCCAGGGUCCAUUAUUAAUUAGUCUUCAAUCUUCAAAAUAUAAUGGAAGCUUUCUUUCAAGUGUUGCUAAAUUCUCUGGUUCAGCAGUUAAUCUUGAGAUGUUUUUUCUAUACCAAUGCACCCUAUUUCCACUACUUACCAAUUAUCUCCCAGGAGCCAUUGGUAAAGAACAUGGUCCUUUAUAUGCAUAUGAUUGUGAUGAAUCCUGAAUUCAUCAAAGGAUUAUACUUUAUGCCAAGUUUAGUUGAAAUAGGUACAAUAGUUGCAAGCCACAGCUGAAACAAAAUUCAGGGGAGAGGAGCGGACAUUUCUGAGCUGUGACUUGCACCUGAGAAAAUGUUAGUUAACAAUGACGAUGAACACAUUUUGAUCACACGUACAAGAGACCCACAGGCCUUACAAGAAACACUAAUUAAGUAGCAACUACAUGUAAUAUCAUUUAUCAUAUUCUCAAAAUAAUGUAAAGAUCUUUAAGACCUUUAAUUAAGUUAAUUAAUCAUAGUUAAUUAAAUGUUCAGUUUUGGGGAUAUUAGACAAGGGUGUCAAUUUCAUCAUGUCAAUUUCCCUCCAAAAACUUCUAAAGUGUGUUGAUCAAGUUAAUGUACCACUGCCAUGUUCUGCAUGUUUCAAAUGCAAACACAAACUGACAAUUAAUACAAAAUCUGUAUUGUUGUAUCGAUCCCCAUAUCUUUAAUAGAAUGAAUUGACAGAAUAAUUUUAAAUUUACUCUGCAUUAAUAUGAGGGAAUGAAACUCACUUUUAGUUCUAUGUACAUGUAUCUUUUUUUUUUUUUUUCUUUUUUUUUUUGCAUUUAUUUGCUGAAUCCAUAAAUGUCUUAAAAAUUCAGAGGUCAGAAGAAAAUGUUCAUCAAACAGAAAACAAGCUGGAAAUGAUGUGAUGUUUUAAUAUUAUGUCAGACCAAUGCAUAGAUUGCACUGAUGAAUUUUAAUGACAUCAAACUCUCAAGAGGAUUAUACCGUUGUCAUUUUAUAGUUUAUCUAUAUGUCAUAUUGGUCAUUUUCAUUCAAUUCCAAGAGCAAAUGUUAAGUGAAAUACGAAUGGGUGACCUUUAUAGUCAUCGAUAAUUGAUAUUACUUUUGUUUGUGAGUCUGCAUCCUAUCCUUAGAAAAUUGACAAUAUACCACAGGUAACAGGUAUUGAUCUAUUGACAAAUCUUUUAAAGGGUCGAUCCAGCAAAAUAAAUCGUAUUAGGGAAAUUUUUUCAGUGUUAGGUAAAUUCAGAGUACUGAUGUAUGUAUGUAUUUAAAAUUCAGGAUUCAACAUGUACAUUUCAACAUUACCUGGAUAUGUUUCGAAGUUUAUGUAGGCAUAACAUGAGUACACUGUAGUCAUGAUGAAGGAGUGCUCUCUAAGAAAAAAGGCUCACAAUUGGAAAAUUUACGCCAAGUAAUAGAUAAUUGAAAACCUAAGAUGGAGGAAGACAACUACACUAAACAAACUUCUGACCCCGGGUAUCUCCAGUCUGAUUUUCAGCAAGACAGUGAUCCUUCUGAGAGGGAUAGUAAGGAUAUCAAGGAUAGUGUGUCUGAACAAGCAGACGACAGUGUGCACAUAGGAGCAGACACAGAUGUCCUGCCAGCACAAGAUGACAACCAUGGGGAGAAACUAAAGGAUUCCCCAAGGAAAGAUACUAGUACAACAGAUGAUGUCACUGUCUCUCAAGAUGACUAUUCCAGUUCAAGAAAGAAAAGCAAAAAGAGGAAAAAGAAGAGAAAGAAGGAAGUUAAAAAUUAUCCUGAUCCAGAUAUAAAUGGAGAGGACCUAGUGACAGCAAAAUCCGAAAACCCAGAAAUGAGAAAUGAUGAAGUCGUUACAGCAAUUCCUCCAAUAGAUUUACAGACAAAGAGAGAAGAGGAACAAAGGAUAAAGAUGAGCUGGACUAAUCAGUUGUCAGUGCACAAUAAGGUAUCUCCAGGCAACCUCACAAAACUGGAUACCAUGGAAUACCAUCCAGAAAAAACAAUAGACCUCAGCAAAUACGGAUCAACAGUUCCUGUGAAUGGGGCAAGUAACUAUAACCCAGAUCCUAGACAGAGAAGAAAGGAAAUGGUCAUUGGAGGGGAUCCAGAUGAAAGUGCUGGAGACAUUGGUUGUUGUGGCAGCAUCCUGAUGGUGUUGUCUUUCUUUCUGGUUUUUGUUACUUUACCCUUCUCGUUGUUUUUUUGCAUUAAGGUUGUACAAGAAUAUGAAAGAGCUGUGAUAUUCCGUCUAGGAAGACUUUUAUCUGGAGGAUCCAAAGGACCAGGUAUAUUUUUUGUGUUGCCAUGUAUAGAAGGCUACACAAAAGUGGAUCUUCGAACUGUUUCAUUUGAUGUUCCACCACAAGAGAUUCUGACAAGUGACAGUGUAACUGUGGCAGUAGAUGCAGUGGUUUACUACAGGGUGUGUAAUCCCACUAUUUCUGUGGCUAAUGUAGAAAAUGCACACCAUGCCACACGACUCCUUGCCCAAACUACACUAAGGAACAUUCUUGGGACCAAGAGCAUGUCGGAAAUCCUUACAGACAGAGAUGCUAUCAAUAAGGCUAUGCAGAGUAUGUUGGAUGAGCCAACAAUUCACUGGGGUAUUAAAGUUGAGAGGGUGGAAAUCAAAGAUGUCAGACUGCCUAAACAAUUACAGAAAGCAAUGGCUGCUGAAGCAGAAGCAUCAAGGGAGGCCAGAGCAAAGGUGCUAGCAGCAGAGGGAGAACACAAGGCUUCAAAAGCACUGAAGGAAGCAGCAGAUAUUAUUCACUCCUCUCCAGCAGCUCUACAGCUUCGAUAUUUACAAACUCUCAACACCAUCGCAUCGGAGAAAAACUCCACUGUUGUUUUCCCUCUCCCGAUUGACAUACUGCCUUCUUUUCUGAAGUGAUUGACAUAUUACUUACUCUUUAUUUUCAAGUUUUUACUUUUAUCAAGUUCUUUUGAAAAUGACAUUUUUCUGUCUCAUUACAUUGCAUAAUUUUAUUUGAGUUUAAAUCUCUCAAAUGCAUAUACAUAUUACAGUGUCUGUGGUUUUAAUUAUGUUAUUGUGUGAAAGGAUUAUAACACUAUACAAUUCAUACUGUACAUACUGUUUUAAUGAUAGGAAUUAAUGUGUAAAAGAAUUUAAACAAUGUGAGUCAAACUGUACACACUGUCUUAUUAAUGUGUAAAAGAAUUUAAACCCUAUGUCAAUCAUACUGUACAUAUUAAUCCUAUGAAUUUUAUUACUUUAUUAAUAGAAGAUCAUUAAUGUACUGGACAUUGCAUUGAAAAAUUAAUUCUUUAGCUGCAAGUAGUAUUGGAUCACUCAAGUCAUAUGUCAACACUUCAUGUGCAUUGUACAUGUUAUGGUAGCAAACACAGAGAUGUCAUUAAUUAACUAGUUCAUGUAUCAGAAUUCUCAUUAUUUAUUAUUGGUUAUAAUAAAAAGCAAUGUAGAAAAAAAAAA